CUGUCAAACCUCAGUCGCUCGCGCAGCCGUCGUCAACACACAACUGAGGAAGUGACAAGAAGCUAACGAGAACUAACUGCUGCAGCUAACACAGCGCUUCCUAACGGUAUUAAGUUAACUAAAGGUUGUGUCUGUUGUUACCGUCAGAGUAACGGACAGCCUCAGUUCGGGUUACAGUCGGUGUGGAGUGAGAGGGGGCGAUGUUUAGGAGCUGUAGCCGCUGCUUGCUAACUUCUAAGCUAACAGGCUAACGAUCAGCUGUUGUUUUGGUCGGAGGGAUAGCUGGCUAACAAGUCAAACUGCAUUGCAUUACAGCGCUUCAAAACAUCUUCCCUCACUUCCUGUCCCAGUACUGAACUGCUCCUUCGGUUGAUGGCGACCCAUAGAGGCGUACCACCCUGACAGACUAAUCAGCGGCCGGUCAGUCAGCUGUUGUCCCGGCAGGGCAGGCGUCACCUCCCGUGUGGGAUCGAUCCAUCAGAGCGGUGUGUAAUUGAAUCAGAAACACUGCUCCAAGAUGCAUGACGCGUAUGAACCAGUGCCUAUUUUGGAGAAGCUUCCUCUGCAGAUCGACUGUCUCGCGGCCUGGGAGGACUGGCUGCUUGUGGGGACAAAGCCAGGGCACCUUCUGCUCUACAGAAUAAAGAAGGAUGCAGGCACCAACCGGUUUGAGGUGACACUGGAAAAGUCCAAUAAGAACUUCUCAAAGAAGAUACAGCAGCUUUAUGUCGUCUCACAGUACAAAAUUCUUGUCAGUCUUCUUGAGAACAACAUCCACGUCCAUGACCUCCUGACCUUCCAGCAGAUCACUGUGGUGUCCAAAGCCAAAGGAGCCACGCUCUUCGCCUGUGACCUGCAGCAAACCAGCACAGGAGAGGAAAGGCUGAGAAUGUGUGUCGCAGUGAAGAAGAAACUCCAGCUGUAUUACUGGAAGGACAGAGAGUUCCACGAGCUGCAGGGGGACUUUGGUGCACCAGAUAUUCCAAAGUCCAUGGCUUGGUGUGAAAACUCCAUAUGUGUCGGUUUCAAACGAGACUAUUACCUCAUUCGGAUGGAUGGCCGUGGCUCCAUCAAGGAGCUUUUCCCCACGGGGAAACAGUUGGAGCCUUUGGUUGCACCGCUGGCUGAUGGGAAGGUGGCUGUUGGCCAGGAUGACUUAACUGUAGUGCUAAAUGAAGAGGGCAUUUGCACCCAGAAGUGUGCCCUGAACUGGACAGACAUCCCUAUAGCUAUGGAGCACCAGCCUCCAUACAUCAUAGCUGUUCUCCCUCGGUACGUGGAGAUCCGGACCUUUGAGCCGAGGUUGCUGGUGCAGAGCGUGGAGCUGCAGAGACCUCGCUUCAUCACCUCAGCAGGGCAAAAUAUUGUGUAUGUUGCCAGCAAUCACUUUGUGUGGCGCCUGGUGCCCGUGUCAAUCGCCAGCCAGAUACGGCAGCUUCUUCAGGACAAGCAGUUCGAGCUGGCUCUGCAGCUGGCGAAGAUGAAGGAUGAUUCAGAUGGUGAUAAGAAGCAGCAGAUACAUCACAUCCAGAAUCUCUAUGCCUUCAAUCUGUUUUGUCAGAAGAGAUUUGAUGACUCCAUGCAGGUGUUUGCCAAGCUUGGCACAGAUCCCACCCAUGUGAUCGGACUGUACCCAGACCUGCUCCCGUCAGACUACCGCAAGCAGCUGCACUAUCCCAACCCUCUGCCUACUCUGUCUGGGGCAGAGCUGGAGAAGGCUCAUCUCGCUCUCAUCGAUUAUCUCACCCAGAAACGCAGCCAUCUUGUGAAACAGCUGAAUGACUCUGACCCUUCAACAACGUCUCCGCUCAUGGAGGGCACGCCUACUAUUAAGAGCCGCAAAAAACUGCUGCAGAUCAUCGACACCACCCUGCUGAAAUGUUACCUGCACACCAACGUGGCCCUGGUGUCCCCCCUCCUUCGCCUGGAAAACAACCACUGCCACAUCGAGGAGAGCGAGUAUGUGCUGAAGAAGGCCCAUAAAUACAGCGAGCUCAUUAUUCUCUAUGAGAAGAAGGGUCUGCACCAGAAAGCUCUGCAGGUGCUGCUGGACCAGUCCACCAAGGCCAACUCUCCACUGAAGGGCCACGAGCGAACCGUGCAGUACCUCCAGAGACUGGGAGUGGAGAAUUUGGGAAUAAUCUUUGAGUUUUCUCCCUGGGUGUUGAAGAUCUGCCCUGAGGAUGGCCUGAAGAUCUUCACCGAGGACCUGACAGAGGUGGAGACUCUGCCUAGAGACAAGGUGCUGAACUUCCUGAAGGAGGGCUUUAAGGAGCUCGCCAUCCCAUAUCUGGAGCACAUCAUUUACGUGUGGGAUGAAAAAGGCCCGGAGUUUCACAAUGUGCUGAUCCAGCUCUACCUGGAGAGGGUUCAAGGCCUCAUGAAACAGUACCUUAACUCACUGCCAGAAGGAGUGCCAGCUGUUGCUGCUGGGAAGGAGGACGGUGAUCUGGGAGAGUUCAGGAACAAGCUGCUGUCUUUCCUGGAUAUUUCUACCAGCUAUGAACCAGCCAGGCUUAUCAGUGACUUCCCCUUUGAUGGUUUGCUGGAGGAACGGGCUUUGCUUCUGGGUCGAAUGGGUAAACACGAGCAGGCGCUCUUCAUCUAUGUGCACAUCCUGAAAGACACCCGCAUGGCUGAAGAAUAUUGUCACAGUCAUUACAACAGUGUGGUCGAAGGGAGUAAGGAUGUUUAUCUGUCUUUGCUGCGGAUGUACCUGUCACCUCCUGAUGUUCACUGCCUGGGGCCCAUCAAGAUGGAGCUGUCGGAGCCUCAGGCCAACCUGCAAGCGGCUCUGCAAGUCCUGGAGCUGCACCACAGCAAACUCAACACCACCAAGGCCAUCAAUCUGCUCCCAGCAAACACCCAGAUCCGAGAGAUCCGGGUCUUCCUGGAGAGCGUCCUGGAGGAGAAGGCACAGAGGAAGCGCUGCAACCAGGUGCUGAAAAGUCUGCUGCAGGCCGAGUUCCUCAGGGUGCAGGAGGAGCGGAUCUUCCAUCAGCAGGUUAAAUGCGUCAUUACAGAGGAAAAGACCUGCAGAGUCUGCAAGAAGAAAAUAGGGAACAGUGCGUUCGCCAGGUAUCCCAACGGCGUGGUGGUGCAUUACUUCUGCUGCAAAGACCGCACCGUGUGUCCCACUGAGCAGUAACAGCUCCACCUGACAACGACUGUUUACUAAUAAAUAACCCCCCUCUCCCUGACCCUCUCUGUGGAUCUCUACGCUUUGACAUCUUUGAACUAGCAUCAGAAGGUUGGAGGUGCUCGAGUUAAUGGCCAGGCUGUGGAAUUGGACGCUUGUAUGGAAAGCGCCAAACAGGACUACGAGCUCUCUAACCUGAGUUAACCUCGGACAUGGUUGUUGUCAUGCACGACUCACUGAGCAGAAAAAGACCUCCUUCUGGAAUCAAAAGCUGAGACUUUCUUUAUCUCUGUGCAUGAAGUAACAGGAGGAAUGUCCGGGUUCGCUCAACAGGAGGGGAGGAAUAAAGACAAGGAGCGAGGUAGAGUCUGACAUUUGAAAAGCAUGUGUCACUGUAACGCUAGAAGGGAUCCACUUCCCUUCACGUCGCCUCGGGAGAAAAUGGGCGCUAUUGAAAGGCGCCCAGAGGAAGAGGAGCUUUAACAGCAGAAGUUAGCGCUCGUUCUCAGCAGGAGAUGGUUACAAGCUUUGCUCAGCAGUUUUAUUUUCUGUCUCACUGUCUCCCAGCCCUCCUGUAACACUGUGUGCGGCCUCAAACACUGCUUGAUAUGCCAUAAUACGCUCUGCAGGAGUACAGCUAAAUGCCUUUUGUGACUCUGAAGAUUGUACUUACAGUGAAGUCAGACGUCUGUCAGGAUUUCUUUUGUUAGCAUGUGCCGGUACUGACUAAGCAAAACAGUAAUCGUCUUACAGUGUGUUUGACUCUUUUGUAUUUUUAUUUAAACAUUCGAGGCGGCUUCUCCAGCUAACAUUUUUCAUAGAGAUGUUUUUUCUUUAUUUACUGUUUUUACAGUGUGUGAAGGAUUUCUACCAGACUACAUCCUCUUUAUUGCUUUUUUUUUUUAAGCGCUCAUCUGUAUUUGUUUAAAUGUUGUGCUUUUCCCCUCCCAGACAUUAAAAGUUUAUGAAGUAGAAUUUAUUAUAAGUGGAAACAGACAACUUUUAACCUUUUCACCCGCCCUAGCAUUUUCAAGUGGUAUUAUUGUUAUCGUUAUUGUCCCAAAGACAACCAGAUCACUUUCUGUUUCAUCAGAGCCUCGCAACUACCAACAACACAGUACACACUGCAUGUAGCUACUUUGGUUUUUCCCCCGUCCACCAUUUCCACCACUGAGCAUAAUAACGGCACAGAACUUACGCUGAUACUCUUUGGUUACUGGGGAUUGGCACUAAUGGAUGUAUAAAGAGAACUGGAUACAGUGUUGGAAGCAGAGUCCCGUUCAUUCGUAUAAAAGUUGCUCAGAGGCGCAUGAGGCCAAAAAAGUUCAACUUCCUGGGUUUAAAAUUACCCAGAUCUUUCACGGCAUGCCGCCCACGGAGUGUGCACACUAGAGAGUUAAUCGGCCAACAAACACAUUCUCACUCUGACCUCGUCGCAUAUCAACAUUUGGUCAUGGACUUUCAACGUCCACAUACGGUGUGCAAGGUACCCUGGGUGUGUUGGUUGUUGACGUUCUGGGACACCCUGUCAAGUUCUGCCUGUUACAUGCAUUGUCUUCUUUCAAAAUACACUUCUGUUUUCACAGGAAAUUUAACAUUUACAUACAGUCUCAAAAUAAACGCAUUACGUCGGUACAACACCACGAAUUGACGUUUUUUCCCUCAACAACACGCACGUGGUUGGGUUUAGGAAAAAAGAACAGGGUUUGGCUUUAUAAUCUUACAGGACGCGAACACUGCUAUCCUGGGUGAAAGUCAAUGUUUGUUGGACCCAUUGUCGGACUUUCACUGCCUUAACUUUCGUUCGUGUCCCGCCACGUUUCCCUUUGACCCCCCGGCCGCCAUUAAACUAUAAUGGCAACUGGCCGUGAAUUCUGGCCAACGUUAAAGGAAAAAUUUUCACUUGGUUUCUGACGCUGCAAGUUACCGCCCAAGCGCUGGAUUGCGACGACUUCGGAGUGAGACCGGGCUUGCCAAGCUGCUAACCCUCCAGUUUAGUGCACUGCUAACUUAACUAGAAAUAAAAUUAUUUAAUUAAUUAAUCAUGUGACUCUUUGAGACUUUCAAAUAUUAUCAGACCAAAUGGGUCAAAUCCCUGUGGUAAAAAGAGCCAUUUCGCAGGAGUUGUAAUGCUAAAAACACAUUUAUGAGCAUCUCUUUCCCAGUGCAAGUCUAUAGGUAAAGUCUUUAUGGGCUCCUUUGCAUCACGUAACCAACCCCAAAGUUGCAAUUCCACUGUUUGGCCACUACUAAAAUUAGCUUCAAAGCCUGACACACUUUCUGGGGCCUGUAACUACCAGGGAAACAAAAACUCUGUCCUCUCCCUGAUUUGGUUGCACAAUGACUGACGCACUUCCCCUGUGCUGUAAAUCAAGCCUUCAUUUUCUCUGCAGAUUGUACCUGGCUGCAGACAUAAUUACAUAGUAAAAGUGAGGCUUAAGGGAACCGGUCUAAACGCUGACGGUGUCAUUAUUCUACAGCCAUUACAUUGUGCAAUCAAUAUUUACUUCAUAAUGAUAAGUUAAAGCAAGGAACUUGUCUGUUUCUACUUGUAAGUGAGACUGUGUAACUUUUGAACAGCAGCAAGGAGGAAACAGGUGUCCCUCAAUUUCCCACAAUUCUCCUGAAUCUGUUGCUUUAAUUACAUCAUUGUAGAGCUGCAGUGAUUCGCUAAUAAUCAGUCAGUCGAAUGACAGAAAAUAAAUCUGUAGUUAUGUUGAUUAUCGAUAAAUCUUUUUUAAAUCUUUUUAAGCAAAAAUGCUAAAAAAAAAAAAAAAAAAAGACUGGUUCUAGCUUCUUAAAAGCAAGGAUUUUCUGCGUUUCUUUGUCAUAUAUGACAAUAAAUUAAAUGUCUUUGGGUUUUGGCUGUUGAUUGGAUAAAAGAAGACAUCACCAUGACCUUAGAGGAACUGUGAAUGAUGUUAAAGACUUUAUACACUAAAGGAUUAACCAAGAAAUUAAACAGCAGAUUAAGUUGAUAAUGAAAAGAAUAGUUCUUUGCAGCCCUACAUCACCGUGACGAUGAGUGCUACAGUAGCUCAAGUGGAGAUAAACCUGCCAACAUUAAGGCCAGGACACAUGCUGUAUCUUUAACCACCUGGAGGACACAAGGUCAGGCACUGGAUGCUACUCUGUGCCCACUCUGUGCAAACGCAGCGUAUUUAUCACAGACUGAUAGUUACAGAAGAAGGAAAAGAUAUCUGUCGGCUGUGAUUGGUUGUUCCUUGUCAUAUGACAUCCCGUGUGUGAUGCUGUAUUCCAAAAGUCAAACUUUGUUUAUCUUAGGCAAGAGCGCUUGGAAACACUUGCUUUUGAGCACACGUUCAGCAUGACUACUUUGAAAACAGUGUGUUUUAUUGGUUAUGAUGUCAACUUUGUAUUUGUCAGAGGAAGUUAUUUCUUUCAGAAGUCACAGUCUCACUUGGAGUCAGAUCACAAAAUUACAUACAGCACUUUAAAAGUGGAUGUUUCUUUAAUGUCAAGUACUAGAAGUGAUGUCAAUGAUCAGGAAGGAGUGAUUGAUCUGUGUUUUAAUGGCAGUAGUGUUAGAAAAUGUGUGUUUUCCGUCCAGCUGGGUGGAGACUCAACAAGCAGGACUCCCCAGAUUAUUGACAACGAAAUACAAGCAAUGAAUGUAUGUUUUUAAAGUUGGAGUCCACGGUGUCGUCGUUCAAUUGAAUUACAUACAUUUACUUUCAACUUGUUUUUUUAACCACUAAGUCUUCACACAUUUGUGAUUGCAUCAUCUGCAUCUCCUGCUCCUUCACACACCCUCACCCUCCUCUUCUGCUCGAGAAAGGUUUGCACAUAUUCUCUGCUCAGACUGUUCAUGAAUUGUUUUUUGGUUGUUUGUUUUAGUGGAAGUGUUGGUCCCCCUGUGUGUAUACUGUAUAAAGACUGAGAGUGUUAAUGAGAAUUUCUCACUGAAGUUUUUUGAUUGUGAGGGGCGACCCAGAAGGUACCAUAUGUCUGUCCAUCUGUCUGUUUGGCUUUAAUCAGUAAUAAAUAAACAUUUCCACUCAUGUCUGUGUGAUACAA